AUGAUCUGAGUGUCUCUGAUUUCGGGUAGAGGUCUUGUGCAACCUGGCAGCAAUGCAAGCUCUCACCUUUACAUCUCCUCCUCAUCGUCUUCUUCUUCUUCCUCCUCUCCUCCUCCUCCUUUCCCAUUCCCAGCUGUUAAAUUAACCCCCCAAUUUCCUCAUUAUUACAAAGGCACCCCAUUUUUUUCGUUCACAUUCUCACAGAGAUCUGGGCCUGUUCAUCUCUAGCAAUAGGGUCGCAAAUUAAAGGCGACAAAGAUUCUCCCAACAUGAUACGCAAGCUGUGAUUUUUUCCUUUAUUUAAGGUUUGUUUUUUUUGUGUUCAAUCUCAACGACAGCUAGAGUAGUGUGAUCGAGGAACAGGACCCGGGUUGGAGCUCGAUCAGGGGUUCUGAAAAUGAAAGGCAGCCUGAACAAAGAUUCGGGAGAGAAAGUGAUUUGGGAUCAGAUGCGGAGCUCCACAGGGAACCCUUUACCUGGUCCUGGCUCUCAAUCUCCUCGAGCAGCCACCCCUAAACUCCUCGUCUGGCUCAUCCUCUUCGUCUCCGUCACUUACAUCGUCUACACCCUCAAGCUCGUCUCCACCUCACGCGCCGCCUGCGACGACGUCGACGACCCCUUCUCCACCCCCCGCCACAUCACCACCACCACCUCAUUACUCGCCGACGCCACCAACAACAACGUCACGGAAGCCCAGAUUCUCCGGCUGGAACCGGAGCCGGAGCCGGAGAAAACCGACGUCAAGCACAUAGCGUUCGGCAUUGCCGCGUCGGCCAAGCUGUGGGCCCAGAGGAAGAGCUACAUCAAGCUCUGGUACAAGCCGGACUCCAUGCGCGGCGUAGUGUGGCUGGACCGGGGGGUGGCCAAUCGCAGCGGCGAGGGGCUCCCGCCGCUCAAGAUCUCCGGCGACACCUCCGGGUUCGGGUACACCAACAAGCAGGGCCACCGCUCCGCCAUCCGGAUCUCGCGGAUCGUCUCCGAAACGCUGCGUUUGGGCCUCAAGGACGUCCGCUGGUUCGUCAUGGGCGACGACGACACCGUCUUCAUGACCGACAACCUCGUCCGCGUCCUCCGGAAAUACGACCACACCCAGUACUACUACAUUGGCUCCCUGUCGGAAUCCCACUUGCAGAACAUCUUCUUCUCGUACGGCAUGGCGUACGGCGGCGGCGGCUUCGCCAUAAGCUACCCUCUGGCCGAGGCCCUAAGCAAAAUGCAAGACAGGUGCAUACAACGUUAUCCCGGUCUGUACGGCUCUGACGACCGAAUGCAGGCGUGCAUGGCCGAACUCGGUGUUCCACUCACUAAAGAGCUCGGCUUUCACCAGUAUGACGUGUAUGGGAACCUAUUCGGACUCCUUGCAGCACACCCGGUGGCACCCUUGGUUACAUUGCAUCACCUUGAUGUGGUUGAGCCCAUCUUUCCCAACGUUACCCGAGUUAAAGCCCUUCAGCAGCUUAUGGUCCCAGUGAAGCUGGACUCAGCAGGAAUCAUGCAACAAUCUAUCUGUUAUGACAAGUCAAAGAGCUGGACCAUUUCCGUUUCAUGGGGCUUUGCUGUCCAAAUUUUUCGAGGAGUUUUUUCACCCCGGGAGAUGGAAAUGCCUUCCCGAACGUUUUUGAAUUGGUACAGAAGAGCAGAUUUCACUGCAUAUGCAUUCAACACGCGUCCAGUUAGCCGAAACCCUUGCCAGAAACCUUUUGUGUUUUACCUGUCAAAGGCAAAAUUCAAUUCUACAAUGAAUACGACAUUCAGCGAGUAUGUCCAGCAUCGCGUCCCUCAUCCCUUGUGCAAGUGGAAGAUGGCUGAUCCUGCUAGAUUUGAGAAAGUUGAGGUCUAUAAGAAGCCUGACCCUCAGCUGUGGAAUAGAUCGCCAAGGAGAAAUUGCUGCAGGGUCAGAAACCCGAAGCAGAAGAAAGGAACCAUGGUGAUAGAUGUUGGUUUAUGUAAAGAGGGUGAGAUCAGUGAAAUAUAGCAACAACAAUUAAUCAAUUUAGGAAUGGAAGCAGGCUUCUUUCUUUUCAUAUUCCCUCUUCCUUCUUCGUUCCAUUACCUUAAUUGAUUCAUAGGCUAUCUCUUAAUUUAUUUUUUCUCUAUAUUCAAAAUUUUGGUCCUUGGAAA